AUGGCAUCCCAACUACAGAAAGUGGUCCUCUCGCCCGGGAACAACAGCGACUAUCCAACCAGGGGCGAUGAAGUCGUCAUCGAAUACACCGGCUGGUUGUACGAUGCCUCAAGACCCGAUGAGGACUUCAAGGGCUCCCAAUUCGACAGCUCAGUGGGCCGCGGGGACUUCAAGACUGCGAUUGGGGUCGGUAGAGUCAUUCGAGGUAUGGAUUUUAAUGUCACCUCCACUUCAAUAGUGGUCCUUAACAAUGGGUUCCCGCAGGUUGGGACGAGGGCGUGA